AUGAAAGUGCUGCCAUCCCUUGAUUCCGCAGAGCCGGAUCCCUCUGCAUCUCCACUACAUCAAAACACCGCACCUCCCACUCAAGAACAUCGUUUCACGCCAGCCAACACUUGUAACCAUCCCCCCAUUUCCUUCUCACCCUGCCUAAAACAUGCCCUACCCAACCCCGCUGACUUGCUCGAACCCGCCUCUGAUGAUUCAACCCCUUUCUCGCUGCAGCCUGAUGGGUGGAUCAUGGGACCCAGACAUGAGCUCCUUUUCUGGGUACCUCCCGCUUCCCGACACGCGUUUUAUACUCCUUGGACGUCACUGGUGAUACCCAGAGGAUAUCCUGAGCUUGAUCUGAGCUGCAUGGCACAUGGGACGCGCUGGUCAAGUUGCCGAGAUGCGUGA